AUGGGGGCUGAUGAUCAAAGCUUGCAGCAAGAUGAGCACAUAUUCCGGAGUCGAUAUCCAAGGGUUCAAGUUCCCAACGACUUGACAUUACCUGAAUUUGUGCUUCAAAAUGCGGAGCUCUACGCAGACAAGGUGGCAUUCGUCGAUGCUGCAUCCGGAAAGGGUAAAACCUACGGCGAAGUUACUAGAGAUGUGAGGAGGUUUUCCAAGGCUUUGAGGUCUAUUGGUUUAAGGAGAGGAAGAGUGGUGGUAGUAGUAUUACCCAAUGUCACUGAAUAUGGCAUUGUUGCUCUUGGUAUUAUGGCUGCUGGUGGUGUAUUUUCUGGAGCAAAUCCAGCUUCUCAUACCUCAGAGAUCAAGAAGCAAAUCGACACUGCUGAAGCUAAGCUCAUUGUUACUGAUGCAUCAACUUACAAGAAGGUGAAAGAUUUGGGACUUCCAGUUAUAGUGGUAGGUGAAGAGCAGGUGGAGGGAACCAUCCACUGGGAUCAACUGCUUGAAGCUGCAGAUCGCGCCAACACGAAUGACAUCGAUGAUGUGGUGCAACAAACCGACUUAUGCGCGCUUCCGUUUUCAUCAGGCACCACGGGUUUGUCGAAAGGCGUGAUGCUUACCCACCGGAAUAUUGUGGCUAACCUCAGUUCAUCAUUGUUCAGUGUAGGGCCAGAGUUGAUAGGCCAAGUUACCAUACUUGGUCUUAUACCAUUUUUCCAUAUUUACGGUCUCACUGGUAUCUGCUGUGCUACAAUGAGAAACAAGGGAAAAGUGGUGGUGAUGCCUAAGUAUGAACUUCGAGCAUUCAUGGAUGCCCUGAUCACUCAUGAGAUAAAUUUUGCACCAAUUGUUCCACCUAUCAUUCUUGGGUUGGUUAAGAACCCUAUUGUUGAUGAAUUUGAUCUCACAAAACUCAAGCUCACAUCCGUUAUGACCGCUGCAGCUCCUCUUGCUCCAGAAAUUCUCAACGAAUUCGAAAGGAAAUUCCCUGGUAUUGUUGUCCAAGAGGCAUAUGGGAUGACGGAGCACAGCUGCAUAACAAUCAGCCAUGGAGAUCCAAGAAAGGGACAUGGGAUUGCCAAGAGAAACUCGGUUGGGUUCAUCCUUCCUAAUCUGGAAGUGAAGUUUGUUGAUCCUGACACAGGGAAAUCUUUACCAAAGAACACCCCUGGCGAGAUUUGUGUCCGUAGUGAAUGUGUAAUGAAAGGUUACUACAAAAACGAGUAUGAAACAGCGCUGACCAUCGACAAAGACGGGUGGCUUCACACAGGAGAUGUGGGAUACAUUGAUGAUGAUGGAGAUGUGUUUGUGGUGGAUCGGAUCAAGGAAUUGAUCAAGUUUAAAGGUUUUCAGGUUGCUCCAGCUGAACUGGAGGGAGUCCUACUAACUCAUCCAUCUGUUCAAGAUGCAGCUGUUGUUGGGUUGCCUGAUGAAGAAGCAGGGGAGAUACCAGCUGCAUGGGUUGUGAUGAACCCAGGUUCAAAAGAAAAUGAGGAGGAUAUCAUAAGCUACGUUGCAUCCAAUGUGGCUCACUACAAAAAACUGAGAAGGGUUCAAUUCGUUGACGCCAUUCCAAAAUCGCAUUCGGGAAAGAUAAUGAGAAGGCUUAUCAAAGACAAGAUGUUGGAAGGGUAG